UCUCUUUCUCUCUCUAGGGUUCUCCCUCUCGCCAUUUUUACGCUUCUCUGUCUUUCAUUAAUCUCGAGCUCAUCGAAUUCCACCUGUGAUCCCCCGCGCUAGAUUCGCUUCAAAUUCCCUGAAUUUUGAUGUGUUUUCGCUCAAUUGAGUCGGUGUUCCAUGCUGUUGAGACCGAGAUUAUAUUAGUCCUGAUGGUGUGUUCACUUGGAAGUGGGAGGAUGGAAGCCAUGGCAAGGCUUCUGGCAGCAGGAAGUUUCUCACAAACUAUUGCAGAGGAAGUUGGCAACCAGAAAUUAGCUGCUCAGUACAUCCAAAGAGAGUUACGUGAGGCAGAUGACGCAAAUUUGCUUGAUGAAGAAGACAUGCAUGUAUUUGAUUUGAAGCCCAUGACGGAUUCUUUGCAUUUGGUCCGUUGCAAUGCUUGUAAGAAGCCAAUCAAGGCCAGCCAAUACGCAGCUCAUGCAGAGCUCUGUAAAUCUUUAAGUCCAGCAGAAGAAAUUGUUGCGGAACUUGAUGGUGGUACUGGGCACAAGAAACCUCCAAGGAAGGAGAGAAAAAAGUUACUAACUGCUUAUGCUACUACAUUAGGUGGAGAGCAAGGAAGGUUUGAAUCUGCAGAAGCCAAUGAUGUAGCCACAUUAGAAUUUCAUUUGGAUGGACAAAAUCAACUGACUUCUUCCCUCUCCAUGGAGACAAAACAUGGGGCAUUUAUAACAGGUGGUUCAGGAGUUAGUCCUGGAAAUACAGAUUACUCAGCAGGUGCAAUGCCACCUCCAGCAAAGCGUUCUAAAAUGAUGGAAUCUGAGGGUCUACCAAUGCUAGAUCAUUUAGAAACAGCCAGUGGUGUAGCCAAAAGUUUGUGCAUAAGUACUCAGGAGGCUCGUACCUGUGGAGGGUUUCCCAAAGAGUCAAGUGGCAGAAGCGAAAAGACUUUUGAUUGUGUUGUUGGAAAUCAAAAACCUAGUCAAGUCCAUGAUCGUUGCGUGCUGAGCAAAGAUGCUCCAGCUCCCCUUGCAACCAAAGUGUUUUACUCUCAAAGGAAUCAUCGUCUCCGAUCAGCACUUACAUAUCUUUAUUAUGAGGCAUCCUUUGAGGAGCACUCUGGUGAUUUGGUGAAUCAGAAAACAUUAAAUGCCAUGCCGUUACAAGUUUCAUCUCCUAAGAAUUUCUCUUAUGAACAAAUUAAUGUCCAGAGGGGAAAGAGAGAAAAAAGCUCUUUGCCUUCUGUGCAAAAACCUGAUCAAAUUCUUGCAGAUAGUUCGGAUGCAUACUUGGGUAAAUUAGGAGGAUGCAUGCCAGCCGUGAACUGCUCAAAUCAUGUUUCUUCUGUGAAUAAUAUCUUAAGACCACAAACUGCAUCCAUCGGAAUUGCGAGAAGCAAUUAUCAUUCAAAGCCUUAUUCUUUUGCAGGAAACACAGGAAUGCAGCAGCCUAAAGGAAGUGUUCCUGUUAUAUAGGAGUCCUGGUUGGAAUUUUUGGUAGGCGAAAUUUAUAUAUAUUACUCCAAUUUGUGAGUUUAGGAUCGUAUUUUCGAAAUAGAAAAAACAAUAUGUUGAAAAUUUUCAUUCUAGAUUUUGCACUAAAGUGGAAAACCAUACUUUGUUAUAGUUGCCUGAAAUACAAAAAUUAAAUUUCUCUGCC